GGCUGACGCUCUCCGCUCCAAGGCCGCCUUACGCCGCCGUUCCUUUUGGCAUCAUCUCAUCUCAUCCUUCCCCUUCCCCUUCCCUCUCUCUUUUGUUCCCCUCCUCCUCUCUACUCCUCCUCAUCUCUCUCCUCCACCACACCAACACCCACCACCCCCCCUCCCCUCCCCUACACCUUCCAGACCGUUCCUUCUGGCCAUGGGUCUUGCUGGUUCGCUGGUCUUGUUUGCUCUCCUACAUGCAGACACCCUUUCCCUCUCAUUGUGACCGCCGUUGCUUGAUCUAUGGCGUAUCGUCUUGACUCGCCUUCCCGUGCAUUCGGCCGCUGACCUGCAGCUCCCACGCUGCCAUCCGCCUCUCUCCCGGAUAUCGAGCCCUUCCUCCCUCCCAAUUCCUCUCCUCCGAUCGAGCCCGGUAUAUUCUGUCUCGCCCUCGUUCUCCCUCGACCUCUCUGUCUCGCCUGACCUCAUUGCCCCUCUAUACCUGCCUCAUGCCCGCCCUGGAGGUACCCGACACCGGGUUGUCUCUCUGCAGAGACAACCACGGCAAUGAUGCUACGGGCAGGCCACCGCAGAUAAUGCGGCUGAAUCUAGCUCAGAGCACCCUUGACGAGCUGAUCCAAAGCCUACGCACCGACGAAACAGCUCGAAUUCGCUUGGGUAAACACCAGACCCUCUACUACGGUUCCAAAUCCCAGUCGUUCCACUCCGUCUCCGAACCGCAUCGAUCCGAACUAUACAGCGGCAGCGCCGCUGACAAGGAAAAUCUAUACUUUACGGGACUCUUGAGUCAUAGCUUGGAGGUUCAAAAGGCAAAGGAAGCUACUGCGGCUACCGAUCAGGCAUUGGCCAAUCUGGAACAGAGCCUGAACGCCUUCGAGCGAGGGAAGGAGUCGAAGAAGACGCACAUAAUUACCAGUUUUGACGAAGUGAGGGCUUUGCGAGCUGGUGAUAGUCGGUCGAGCACCGGAAAGCAUCGUCUCUCUCGCGUCCCCGCGAGCAAGGUGGAGCUCGAGAAGGAUCGUCUGCUCAAUGCCGCCAAUCGCUCCGUAUCCUCGAGCCCGGCGUUGGGGGUCGCCCGCUCUCCUGUGUCCAUGCCUCCGCUCACGCCUACCUCCGCUCCGGUCUCCCAAAACAAAGAUCGCAUUCGCCUCGAAGCCCUCAAGGUCCCCUUCAUCCACCUCCUCGCAGUCCGUGCUGUUUCCGCCAACUUCCUUGCGCGGCUGACCCGCUCAUCCAUCGAGGACUGUGAAACUCUGGCCCGGAAAUACGGCACCGAGAAUCGAAUCAACCCGGAGAAGUAUGAUCUCAGAGAUAAAACAUACAGGGAUCUUGAUGUGUGGAAAUUCCCGUACCCGUCUCAGGAAGACAGACAGGAAGCCAUUGAAAAUGCAAUUUCUGCUUUCGAUCGCAUGCGGGUCUCACGUUCCGACAAGCUCUGGCAGACCCUUCUUCCCAAGGAAGAACGCGGGAAGGGCAAGUGCCUGUCGCGGCUGGACUUGCGGACAGGCCCCAUUAAGAAGGCCGCUACCCCUCGGAUACAAGUGCACGCUUCUGAGGAGAACGGCAAGGAGGGCUACACUACCGGGCAGGAGACCGAUAAAGUUAAUGGGAACGGUCCCACUCCCAAGGCUGCGGAGCCCACGUCGGCUCCCAAGCCUGGAGCAACUGCGCAAAAGAAACGGCCAGGUGACAAGGACACUGGGGCAAAGCGCCCUCCCGCAAAGAGCAAGGCUGCCCCUAAUAGUACCUUGACCGGGCGCGUUACCAAGAAGGCGGAGCGGAAGACAACGGUGAAACCAGAGGGCAAAUUCAAAUCGGCGGAAUAUGUUCAUGAUUCCGAUGAUGACACGGACAUGCCCGAUGCGUCGUCAACGGAGAGGCCCCGGCCUGAGAAGACAAAGCCGGAGCCUAAACCAUUGCUCAAAGUACCCGAUUCGAGUACCCCUAGGGAAUCUUCCCAUGUACCGACGCCGAAAUUCGAACCACCGGAGCCUGCACCACGAUCAGAACCGACACCCCUGGCUUCCAGUAAGCCUACUGCAAUGAAGCGUCCUCCUUCGUCGCGGCCUCCGGCCCAGAAGUCCCCUCAGAAGUCCCCCCAGAAGCCGUCGCCUCUAGGGUCCUCGCCCCCCACCAAUGUCUCCGAUAUUCAGAGUCGCAGCCGCUCUUCGAGCCAGAACAACUCAUCUAGUUCCUCUUCAUCGCCUCUUAUAACUCAAGUGAACAAACCAAUUCGGCCUCCCACGGGUGCCCCCACUGUCAAGAAAGUCGCCAAACCCAACGGGGUUUCCCGACCGAAUGACGUGGCUAAUCCUCUCAAGCGCAAGGCCGAGCUGGAGCGACCUGCCGUGCCGCCUCGUGGUGCUGGUCGUACCACCGGGGACCUGGAACACAAGCGGCGACGAGCCGUGAGCACGUCCAGUGGCAGCACAGGGAGCACGGGGAGCGCGUCGCCCCCUCUCAGCCGCGAGAUUCUCCUCCAACAAUUGCGCGAGAAGGCGCAGAAGUUCAAGCAGUACUAUACCAAGUACCGCACCUUACAUGACGCAUUGGCCUCGCAAGCCGACCCACCCCGAGUGGACUUGGAUCGGCUUCAGAAGCAACACCUUCGGCUGCAGCGGAUGAAGAAGGAGAUUUGGGACGAAGAUCGACGGCUCCGGGACUAAUCAUAACGACAGAUCAUGGCAUGUGCAUGAACUUUAAUUCUCCGCCCUUGUUUCUUAUACUCCCUCAACCCGGACAUUGACAGAACGGGGUUCCUGUUAUUAUUGCAAGAUAUUGAGCUCUGACUACCAUUGUGUAUCGCUUAGCAUGACGAAGCCGGAUAUGUGCUUCGAGGCGUUUGGGGAGGGGUUAUUAUUUAUGUCCUUUUCUUUUGUGUUCCCUUUUUCUUAUUUAUUCACUUUUUUUUUGUUUUCUUUUCCUUUGUUGCUUGGCAUAUCUGCAUCCUAUCACGCCGUGACAAACUGCAUGCAUGUAAUUGGAGUGACGACUACUAUAUAUUAGAGGCUGGGGCUGUCAACGAGGGCAGGACGCAAGGAAUCUGCAAGGAGGCUUCGAUACUUGGAGCCGCGGGGAGCCGACACGAGCUAGAAACCAAUGAGAACGAAGAUUCCCACACCA